AUGGAAGAUACGAAAAUGUCGAAUAACAAUGAAAAUGGACUAACUAAUGAUUCUGAUGAUGAAAAUUCAAUAAAAUCAAAUGAAGAUCAAUUAUUUAAUUUAGAAGAUGAUGAAACAAAACAUGAAUUAAAUGAAGAUAAUCAUUUAAAAUGUUCUCUAUGUAAACAAUUAUAUAAUCAACCAAAAUUUUUAUCAUGUACACAUACAUUUUGUCUUCAAUGUUGCGAGAAAUUAAUUCAAAAUAAAGAACAAAUUCAAUGUCCAACAUGUCAACAAAUAACGGAAAUUACAAGUGCAAAUCAUUUAGUUGAUAAUUAUAUGUUAAUACAUGAAAUAGAAGAAUUUGCUUUAAAAAAUGGUACAAUUGAAUGUCGUGCAUGUACAUCAAAUGAUAUUGGUGUAGCACAUUGUUCAACAUGUUCAUCUUAUUUAUGUUCGAAAUGUUGUCAAGCUCAUCAAUAUAUGAAAUGUUUUGAACAACAUCAUGUUAGACGUUUAUCACAAAUAUCGAAUGAUGAACAAAAUUCUACACGAAAAUGUUUAAUUCAUUCGAAAAAUGAAAUAAAAUUUUUUUGUACAACUUGUUCAAUGCCUUUAUGUGAUCAAUGUUUAACAUUACAUCAACCACCACAACAUGAUGUUCAUAAAAAUCAAUUUGAACAAAUACGUUCAGAUUUUAAUGAAAAAUUAGAACAAAUUGAUCAAUUACGUUCAAAUGCAUUAGCUAAUUUAGAUCAUCAAUUAACAUCUCUUCAACAUGAUUAUGAUAAAACUAAAACACAAAUUGAUUUAGCACAUCAACAAUAUCAACAAGCUUUAAAUCAAGUUUAUAAUGAAUGUUUAUCAACAUUAAGUAAUUUACAACGUGAUGAAGAAAUGCGUUUAAUUGAUAAAUUAGAAACAGUUCAAAAAGGUUCUCAAUCAUUUGAUGAUAGUCGAUCAAUAUUUAAUCGUUGUUUAUCCAAAUGUUCCUUAAAUGAAUUAGUGCAAUUAAAAAAUAAAUUAUUUGAUGAAAAAUUAAAUACAUAUCAACAAUUAUUUCAAGUUGAAACAACAAAUUCAAAAUUAAAUGAUGAACAAAAACAUGAUUUAGUACAAUUUAUCAGUACACCUAUUCAAGAUUUUCAACAAAUUAUUAAACAUAAUUUUGGUCAUUUAAUUAAACCACAAUCAAAAGCAACAAUUUCAUCACCAACUAAUACGAAUUAUCAGAGAGGAUCAUUAUUAUCAUCAACAAAUGGUGAUUCAGCUUCAUCAUCAUCAGGUGUUGGUAGUAUGGGUGUUGGUCAAGUAUCAUCACGUGGAACAAUAUUAUCUAAUGGUGUAUCACCAUCAGGUGUUAAUCGUGAAGAUUAUUUUGGUAAUAAUUCAACAAAUGAAGCUGAACCAGUUGUUGAAAAUCUUCGUGCACUUGAAUCAAUAUUUGCUGAUUCAAUAGCAACAAUUCAUCCGAAUGUUCAAAGUAAUUUAGAACAAAUUCUUCAAAUGAAUCAACAUCAACAAAUACAACAACAUGAUAAUCAAUUUACAAUGUUAACACGUCAAACAUCAGCACCACCAUUAGGACAACGAUCACCACCAAAUAUUCAAUAUCCUCCUCCAUCAUUAUUGGCAACAUAUUCAAGUACAAAUAGUGGUGGAUCAAGUAAUGGAAAUAAUAGUCGUUCAACAACCCCAUUUAGUGGUGUUGUACCAAAUACAGCAAUUGAUGUUAAUUUAAAUAUUCUUUCUCAAACAUCAAUGAUUCGUCGUAGUGGACAAGCAAUGCAAGUUCGAGCUAAAUUUGGUUCAUUAGGACCACAAAAAAUGCAAUUUAAUGCUCCACAUGGAUUCUGUCUUGGUAUUGAUGAAGAAAUCAUUGUUGCUGAUACAAAUAAUCAUCGAAUACAAAUAUUUGAUAAAACUGGUGAAUAUAAAUAUCAAUUUGGUAUGCCGGGAAAAGAAGAAGGACAAUUAUGGUAUCCAAGAAAAGUGGCUGUUAUUAGACAAUCAGGAAAAUUUGUUAUUUGCGAUAGAGGAAAUGAAAGAAGUAGAAUGCAGAUAUUUACAAGAAAUGGACAUUUUGUUAAAAAAAUUUCAAUUCGUUAUAUUGAUAUUGUUGCUGGAUUAGCUAUUACACAACAAGGAAAUAUUGUUGCUGUUGAUUCAGUAUCACCAACUGUUUUUUGUAUAAGUGAAGCUGGAGAUUUAAUUAAAUGGUUUGAUUGUUCAGAUUAUAUGAGAGAACCGUCGGAUAUUGCAAUUUUUAAUAAUGAAUAUUUUGUUUGUGAUUUUAAGGGGCAUUGUGUUGCUGUAUUUGAUGAAGAUGGAACAUUUUUACGACGUAUUGGUUCUGAAAGUAUCACUAAUUUUCCAAAUGGCAUUGAUAUAAGUGAUGCCGGUGAUGUAAUCAUUGGUGAUUCACAUGGAAAUCGUUUUCAUAUAGCUGUAUUUACACGUACAGGUGAUUUUUUACAAGAAUUUGAUUGUCCAUAUGUGAAAGUGUCACGUUGUUGUGGAUUAAAAAUAACAUCAGAUGGUUUUAUUGUAACAUUGGCCAAAAAUAAUCACCAUGUACUUGUUUUGAAUACACUUUAUUUAACAUAA